AUGUACAUUGAUCUUCUAAGGGUUGGCAGCACCACUAAAGCUUACUUUGUGGCCCAUAAUUUGGGAGAUGUUAAUACAGAGAAAAUUACUUUUGACAACAUCUAUUACAGAUACUAUGUUCAUACUAAGUAUUUCCUCUACUACAAAAGCCAAUAAAGAGUCCUAAAAAAGCUGAUAUCAACCUCCAAGCUCCAUUUCAACAAUUUUUCAUGUCGAUUAAAAGAUAAUCACCUCUAAGUCCUAAAUACUCCCAAUACUCCUCAUUGUAAUAUUUACAGUAAUGAUGAAGUUUUAUGGACUACAGGAUUCGUUCUUGGACUGCAAUUCAUUCAUUUGGAUGCUAGAUUCUUGUAACACUUCACACUUGAUUGGAACGAAAUGAAAAAAUUCCCCUGGAUUUCCCGAACCUUAUGGACUGGUUUGAAAUAUUAAGCAGUUAAACUCUCUUUUAAGUUGAAGACCAUAUAUGUGGACAUCUGGUCUGGUUCACUCUCAUACUUGAGUAUUAUGUGCUAUGCUGUAUAAAUCCACAAUCUUCUUUUCCUAAAGGUUCAACCAAUAAAUGGAGAGUCUUAAUUCUAUCAAACAGAGAUCUGGUUUCUUAAAUAAGUAAGGAGCUUUAAGAAGCUCAAGGAUUUGUUUGAAAUAGAACUUUAGCCAUGGUUUCUCAUAGAUCUAGUAUGA